AGAGAGGGAGAGAGGGAGCAGGAGCGAGAUCGGGCGCGGGGCUGGCCAGAGCCGGGAGCCCGGGAGCCGAGCGGAGCCCCGGAGGAGCCGAGCCGAGCCGGACGGCGGGGGCCGGGGCAGGGCUGGGCAGGGGCAGCCCGGCCGGGCCGCUCCCCUCCCGUGCUCGCCCGUCACAGCCCGGGGGCCGCUCGCGGCCUGGGCCCCCCGAGCCCCAGCCCCGCUGCCUCGGCCCUCCGCCACCGUCGUUGCGGGCCGGAGCCCGGCCCCCGCCACCGCCCCGAUGCCGGCCGAACUCACACAGGAGCAAAGUCCAGGCAAUCAGACGUCCCUGGCAAUGAUGCAGGAGCCCCAGGAGAUGGUCGAGGAGACGGUGACUGUGGAGGAAGACCCAGGCACGCCCACGUCCCACGUGUCCAUUGUCACGUCUGAGGAUGGGACCACCAGGAGGACAGAGACCAAGGUCACCAAGAUGGUGAAGACGGUGACCACAAGGACCGUGCGCCAGGUUCCCCUGGGGCCCGAUGGGCUCCCGGUCCUGGAUGGCUCUUCCCCGCUGGGCAGCUACACAGACUCCAUCGACCGGCGGUACUUGAAGAACGGCGAACGCUACCUCCCGCCACAGGCCUCCUCGACCCUGACCCGUUCCUACAACAGCUAUGGGGAGGGCCCCGACGGGCCCUACCGCUCCUUCCACGCCCACGAUGCCAGCAGUGGCUAUGGGGGCACCGAGCUGCCCGACGGCUACGGCAGCUUGUCCCGUGGCGUGGGCUACCGGCCCCGCUAUGCCUACGUCCCCGGGAGCGGCUACCGGCCCGAGGACGGCAGCUACACCCUGCCGAGCCGGAGGGAGGUGUACGGGCCACCCGGUGCCCAGCCCCAGGUGCCUCCUGUGGGCAGCGGCCCCGACCUUACCAUGAGCAGCCGCUCGCAGCCGGAGAGGUUCCAGCCCGAGCCGUACGGGCUCGAGGACGACAAUAGGAGCCUGGGGGUGGACGAUGAAGGCUACGAACUGGACCCGGAUUACUCCACCGUGAACCGGCGGCUGCCUGUGGGCGUCCCUGAGAGAGGCCGGCCGCACAAGGGCAGAGCCUACGAUGAGCCAGCAGAGGGCGAGAUGAUCGACGAGCGGAUCCCCUAUAUCCACGGGGGCUAUGCUGCCCCGCUGGCCCAGCCUGAGAGAGGCAGCAUGGCCAGCAUCGACCGCCUGGGCAAGAGGUCGCCCUCCAUCGACAGCAUCCGCAAGGACCCUCGGUGGCGGGACCCGGACCUGCCAGAGGUGAUCGCCAUGCUCAGCCACCCCAUUGACCCGGUUAAGUCCAAUGCGGCCGCCUACCUGCAGCAUUUGUGUUAUGAGAAUGACAAGAUCAAGAAGGACGUGCGCCACCUGAAGGGCAUCGCCAUCCUGGUGGGGCUGCUGGACCACCCCAAGGCCGAGGUGCACCGGCGGGCCUGCGGGGCCCUGCGCAACAUCUCCUAUGGCCGGGACCACGAGAACAAGGUGGCCAUCAAAGGCUGCGACGGCAUCCCGGCCCUCAUCCGGCUCCUGCGCAAGACCAACGACAUGGAGGUGCGGGAGCUCAUCACUGGCACGCUGUGGAACUUGUCUUCCUAUGAGCCCCUCAAGAUGGUCAUCAUCAACCAUGGCCUGCAGACGCUGACCAAUGAGGUGAUCGUCCCCCACUCGGGCUGGGAGAGCGAGCCCAACGAGGACUCAAAGCCGCGGGAUGCCGAGUGGACCACUGUCUUCAAGAACACGUCGGGUUGCCUCAGGAACGUGAGCUCAGAUGGGGCAGAAGCACGCCGGAGGCUUCGAGAGUGUGACGGGCUGGUGGAUGCCCUUCUUCAUGCGCUGCAGUCGGCCAUCGGCAAGAAGGACACGGACAACAAGUCGGUAGAAAACUGUGUGUGCAUCAUGCGUAACCUGUCCUACCAUGUGCACAAGGAGGUCCCAGGCGCUGACAAGUAUCAGGAGUCGGAAGCCAGCCAGGCAGCUAGCACGGGGGCCCUGCCCCGGAGGAAGAAGGAUGAUGCCAGCUGUUUUGGGAGCAAGAAAGCCAAAGAGGAUUGGUUCAGUCAAGGAAAAAAGAAUGGAGGCAUGGACAGGAACUUUGAUACCCUCGACUUACCCAAGAGAUCCGAGUCAGCCAAAGGCUUUGAACUGCUUUACCAGCCCGAAGUGGUGCGUCUCUACCUCUCCAUCCUCACCGAGAGCCAGAACUUCAACACCCUGGAGGCCGCGGCUGGGGCUCUGCAGAACCUCAGCGCUGGCACCUGGAUGUGGUCCACGUACAUCAGGGCCAUGGUGCGCAAGGAGCGGGGGCUGCCGGUGCUGGUAGAGCUGCUCCAGUCGGACUCGGACAAGGUGGUGCGGGCUGUGAGCAUCGCGCUCAGGAACCUCUCCAUGGACCGACGCAAUAAGGACCUCAUAGGGAGCUACGCGAUGGCCGAGCUGGUCCGGAAUCUGCCAAGCCGGCAGCAGCGAACAGCCAAAAACCUCGAGGAGGACACGGUGGUCGCCGUCCUGAACACCAUCCACGAGAUCAUCACAGACAGCGCCGAGAAUGCCCGCUCCCUGGUGCAGACCCAGGGCAUUCAGAAGCUGGUGGGCAUCAGCAAGUCGAGCCAGUCCAUGAGGGAGAUGAAGGCAGCAUCCCACGUCCUCCAGAUGGUCUGGAGCUACAAGGAGCUCCGGGGGGCCCUGCAGAAGGACGGCUGGAAUAAAUCUCAUUUCCAGUCGGCAGCAUCUAGCACUCCCAAGGGAUCCAAAGGGACGCCAGGCAAGGCUGGCUAUGACGACAGCACCCUGCCUUUGGUGGAAAAGACCCACGAUAACGAGAAGUGUGGCAGCCGUGAUAUGAUCCCAAUGGACGAACUCGGCCCAGAUGGCUACUCCACCAUCGACCAUCGGGAACGGAAGUACCGAGCUGGGGAUCCCUCGGGAGAUGCCUCUGAGAAGGAGCCUUUAAAAACAGACCCGGCUAGAAAGCCCCCCCACAGGAGUAACCGGGCUUCGGUGAAUCUGGUGGACGGCCGGGACCCUAAGCCACCGCCCGUUGACUCCUGGGUCUAA